GAGAGAGGGGGGGAGCCGUGGGCGGAUAGAUGGAUGGAUGACCCUGCUGCUCCCCUCCCUACCAGCCCCAGCUGUCAGCUCCCUUCCUGACUUGCCCACCCUGCCCCCGGUACCAUGGCGUCCAGCGAGGAGGACGGCACGGUUGAGGAGAAAGAAAACAACAACAAGAAGAGAACGAUAAGCACCCUCGCUACGGCAUGGCUCACUUUCUACAACAUCGCCAUGACCGCCGGGUGGCUGGUUUUGGCCAUGGCAAUGAUACGCUUCUACAUCCAGAAAGGCACACACAAGGGUCUGUACAGAAGUAUAGCAAGGACACUCAAGUUUUUCCAGACCUUUGCAUUAGUUGAGGUGGGACAUUGCGCCAUCGGAAUUGUUAGGACUUCUGUGAUUGUAACCGGGGUUCAAGUUUGUUCACGGAUUUUCAUGGUUUGGUUCAUCACUAACAGCAUCAGACAGAUCCAGAGUGAAGAAAGCGUAAUCCUAUUCCUGGUUGUGUGGACGGUGACAGAGAUUAUCAGAUAUUCCUACUACACAUUCAACCUGCUCCACCACCUGCCAUACUUCAUCAAAUGGGCCAGAUACAACCUCUUCAUCGUCUUGUACCCCCUGGGAGUCGUCGGAGAACUGAUGACCAUUUAUGCUGCUCUGCCGUUCGUGCGCAGAUCUGGAAUGUACUCCAUGAGGCUCCCCAACGUGUAUAACGUGUCGUUCGACUACUACUACUGCCUCAUCAUCGUCAUGUUGUCCUACAUCCCACUGUUUCCUCAGCUCUACUUCCACAUGCUGCGGCAGAGGAGAAAGGUGCUUCACGGGGAGGUCAUAGUGGAGAAAGACGACUAGACAAGCCACCACCUCAUGCCUUUGUUUGAGCCAGCCCGCCUCCACAUCACCCUCACCUCCCCCACUUCAUCUCCACCUCACCUCUUCAUCGCACGGGACCGUAAGAGCCGCACGAAUGAUGACCUGUCUGAUGAGAGCUAUAGCCAGCAAUAAUCAGGAAGAAAGGAUAAUAACUGAUCCUAAGUAUUUAUUCACAGGAUUAAUUCCUAUCUGAGUGGUAAUAUUGGAAACAUGUUUACAGUCCCAGUGUUGCUGGAGCUUGAGAUAGACGCCUGACGUUGUGUCUCAGCACAGAGAGAUCCUGAGUCCUUUAUUCACCCGCCAGCCUUACUGCCCCUUGUUGCACUGAAAAACAUGAGCCACAGCACUGCACCCACCUUUCUAAAGGAGAAAAAGGCAAAUGAGAGGCUUCCGGGGAAAUGUGAAAUGAAACAUGGGAGGAAGAUUGUAAGUUGCGUCUCCUGAGUCGUCCCCACUUCAUCCCCUCAACCUCCCCAAUUGGCUGUUUUAUUUUAUUUUCCAAGUAUAUUCCACCACAGUGAUUUUACACAGACAGUGUGGCUGUAACAAAACAAGGUUUCAAAAGAGAGAAUAUUCAUAGUUCUAUCAUACCUCAACAAUAAAUCUACAUUUAGACAAUAUGCUGCUUCUUUUGUGUAUGUUUGUUUUACCUUACAUGUAAAUCGAUGCAAUGUGAAAUGAGCGGUUAAUUAUCAGCAUAUUUCUUAAAGAUAAUGUAUUCACAUACUGUAUCACUUAGAGCUCGCACAGCUCAAACUUAACACUUUGUCUGCUUGGCUCAGCUCCUGCAUUCUUUAAUGUUGCUUUGAUGUUUACUAUGUCAAAUUAAUUUACAAGAGUGCAUCUUAAACAAAUUUGAGUCUUGAAAAAGUAGUUGCUUUUUCUUUAAGCCGCUGUAGCUAAGACGACAAUUCAGAUUUUUGUGAGCACUCACAGUCUUGCAGUCGCUGUUGUGUUUGUUUUUUAACAUAAAUUAUCUCAUGUCCGUGUUGAUAGAAAGGUAGUUAGAUUCCUUCCUGCUAAAGGUGCUAUUGUAAGAUCAUUUCAAUCUUCUGUGCAGCUGAAGGAGUGACUGUGAUUGGAUUUGACCUAAAGUAAGGAAACCAGGAUGUGAAAUUAUUGAGAGGAAAUGUUGGUCAAUGAAAUGGUUAUCUAAGAAAUUUUUUUGCUUAUAAUCUGGGUUAGAGAGGAGAAAAACAAAAGUCAAUGUCAAAUCACUGGAAAAGUUAUUUUUCAAGAAAAAAAAAAAACAAUAGAAAUGUGAAAAUACCUUUUUGUGCAAAAUCAAUAAACUAAAUUCUACAAUA